AUGGCGGGAGAGUCAAAUCAGCUGGAGCAGCAGUCCGACUCCGGAGUCAGCCCGUCGCCGGAGACUGUCGACGCGCUGCUUGAGGUGCGUCAUCUGUUUCCAUCUAUAUCGGCAAGUUUUUUCCUCCGUCUCAACCUGCUAUCUUCAAUUGAAAUUAGGGUUCCCCGUUUUCGUUGUAGGCGGCUAGAUACGACGAUCUUGACGACAUCAAAGGCUUGGUGUCGGAUGGUGUUCCUCUCAAUUCUAAGGAUUCAUUCGGAAGGACAGUUCAAAGGAGUUGCUCUUCAUAUGGCUGCUGCUAAUGGUCAUCUUCAAAUCGUCAAGUAUCUUAUUGAUCAAGGAGUGGAUGUUAAUGCUUCCAACGAGGAGAAGAAUACAGCCCUUCAUUGGGCUUGCCUGAAUGGCCACAGCGAGGUUGUGAAGAAGCUGAUCUUGGCUGGAGCUAGUUUAUGCAGUCUCAACAGCCAUGAGAGGACUCCCAUGGACGAAGCUGUUACCCGGGGCAAAAUGGACGUUGUCGAUUCGAUUAAUGAGGCUGUAGCACAACGGGAGCUAUCUGGUGUCGCAGUUUCCUGAAGGCACGAGUCCUUUUCUCUCGUAUUACAGCCAAAGCAUGUUUAACAGAGUUGCAGCAACUUAAUUUAGAUACUUUGUUCGUUUCCAUGGCUGUGCGAUGUUACAUUAGUUUUAAUCAUAUGUUGGUGGACUUUUGGCCACAACCAUCAGGCGUAGAAUAUCAGCGAAGCAUUGCAUCAAUAGGUUCCCUGUUGGCUUCAAGGGCAUUUUGGCGCGCUUUUUGUCGCUGAAUUUUCUCUUUGUAGCAAUUUUGUCAAAUACACUAGUAUUGUAUUUGGUGCUUCUUGGUAACCUAAACGUCGAAAUGCAGCAUCACCAAAUGGAAAAGGUAAUAAUGUUUCCGGU